GUACCGGAAGCGGCGGCGGAAAUGGCGGCCGGUGCCCCCGAGGCCCUGCCGCGGCGGUGGUUGUCGGCCCCGGGCGGAGCCCGGUGUGUUGAGCCCUGGUGCCUGUUAAGGACGCUGCUGAGCUGAGGAACGACGAGCCCCGGUGCCCGGUGAAGGAGCCCGUUCGGUUGAGCCCUGACGAGCCCCGGUGCCCGGUGAAGGAGCCCGGUGUGUUGAGCCCUGGUGCCUGUUAAGGACGCUGCUGAGCUGAGGAACGACGAGCUCCGGUGCCCGGUGAAGGAGCCCGUUCGGUUGAGCCCUGAUGAGCCCCAGUGCCCAGUGAGGACCCCAGCGGGUUGAGCCUCGACAAACCCCGCUGUCCAGCCACCAAGGCAGCAGCAGCCAGCAGAGCCCCAGGGCGGCUCCGCCAGCCCCGCCAUGCCAGCCCAGGGGCCAUCAGGGUUCCGUCGGGCGCUGGUGGUGCUGGUGGCCGCGCUGGGCUGGCUGCUGGCCCUGCAGCUGCUGCUCGACCUGCGGGCACUGGGGUUGCUGUGCGGGGUGCUGGCGGUGCUGGGCAGCUGGCUGGGCCCCCGGGCCCUCAGUCCCCCUGGCCGGCGGCUCCGGCUGGAGCGUUUUGUCAGCUCCCUGCAGCCCCUGCCCCACUGCCCGGCAGCUGAGGGGCGGCUGGAGAGGGAGAUCGCCAGCACCAUCCGCAAAGUGGUGCGGGACUUUGUUGCCUCCUGGUACCGCACCAUCAGCAGUGAGCCAGCCUUUGAGGCUGAGGUGGAAAAGGCCAUGAUGGGCUUGGCUACCGAGCUGAGGCAGCGGAUGGGGCAAGUGGACCGGCAAGCCCUGGCCCACCGCCUCCUUCUCCUCUGCGGCCACCACUUGCAGAGCUACCUGCAGGCCCGUGAGGCCCUGAAGGGCGAUCCGGAGGGUGGCCAGACCCUGUGGCAGGAGUACAGCCGGCUGAUGGAGCCGCACCCUGCCCUCUCCAGCCCAGCAGCUGAGGUGGGCUAUACCCGGGCUGCUGUGGAGAAGCUGCUGCGGGCACUGGUGCCCCCACCCCACCUGGAGACGCGGACGGGACGCUUUGUGGUGGUGGAGCUAGUCACCUGCAACGUGCUCCUGCCAGCCAUCAGGAAGAUGGCUGAUCCUGACUGGAUCAACCUGCUGCUCAUCGGGGCUUUCUCCAAGAAGCUACGGAGUGAGGAGCCGCCCCCUGUACCCCCAGUGCCUGAUUCUUUGCCCUUCACAGUGCAGACGGACGCUGCCGCUGCUGGGCCGUCCCCCUCCCCAAGGGCCGCAGAGGUGCCCAGGCGAGAGGCGGGUGCUGCUGGUGAGGAUGGAGAGGACCGGACAAGCAGGCUGUGUCACACAGAGGAGCCCUUCCUCCACCCACGAGCCCUGGGCUCCCUCUUCCCCUGUGAGGGUUUGGAGCUGGAGUCCCCUGCAACUGAUGCAGGCCAGGACAUGGACCUGCUGGCACCAUCACCUGCAGGGGAGUUCCUUGAUGAACCCCUCCAGGACACCUCCACUGUGCUGGAGGGACCGGCUGUUUCUGAGGAUGGUAUGGGUGACCUGGAGGAGGGCAUCGCUACCAGCUUGGAUGCCAGCCUCCUUCCCACCUCUGCUUUUGUACUGAGCUCCUGCCCUGACAUCCAAAUUGACCCCGCAGUUGAGAAGGAAGAGGAAAGCCUGGCUGUGCUCAAAAAGUCCUCUUCGCAGAGGCCCUCUAGCUUGGGGAAAGAUCUGGGGGCAGCAGAGGGCCCAUCACAAACCUCCCCAGACCCAGGGCAGACUCUGCCCUUGCUGUCAUCCUCCCCAACGGCUUCCAUCAGCACCUUCAGCUUUGAGCCCCUCAGCAGCCCCGACGGGCCGGUCGUCAUCCAGAACCUGCGGAUAACUGGGACCAUCACUGCCCGAGAGCACAGCGGGACUGGCUUCCACCCCUACACCCUGUACACUGUCAAGUAUGAGACGGCCCUGGAGAGUGAGAGCGCGGGCAGCCUUCAGCAAAUGGCUUACCACACCGUGAACCGCCGUUACCGGGAGUUCCUCAACCUCCAGACCAGACUGGAGGAGAAACCAGAGCUCCGCAAGUUCCUGAAAAAUAUCAAAGGCCCAAAGAAACUGUUCCCUGAUCUCCCAUUUGGGAACAUGGACAGCGAUAAAGUGGAAGCCAGAAAAAGUCUGCUAGAAUCUUUCUUGAAGCAAUUGUGUGCAGUCCCUGAGAUUGCAAACAGUGAGGAGGUGCAGGAGUUCCUCGCCCUGAACACUGACGCCAGGAUCGCGUUUGUCAAGAAGCCCUUUGUUGUCUCCAGGAUAGACAAGAUCGUUGUCAAUGCCAUUGUGGACACCUUGAAGACGGCAUUCCCCAGGUCAGAGCCCCAGAGCCCCACGGAGGAUCUUAGCGAGUCUGAAGUGGAUGGGAAAUCUCAGACAGACGGGAAAAAGGCUAACAAGCCCAGGCUGAGGUUCUCAUCCAGUAAAAUUGCUCCAGUGCUGAGUGUGAGUGAAGCACAUGACAGGAUCGUGUACUCUAUCAGGGAGGGCAGCGCUGUCUCUGGCACCCUGUCGCUGGCUUCUAUGGAGUCCUUCAUCCAGAAGCAGGAGAAGCUGCUGGAGGCAGUCCCCACCAAAGCUCCUGAAGGCGAGGGAGGCAGAGAAACUAAGGAAAGCUCCGUGCGGGAGUAUACGGUCGGGCUGGGCGCAUUGGAGCAGGGGGCACAUCCGGACACAGACUCUGACUCUGAGACAGCUUUGGCUGACCUGGCCCUGGACGUGCUUCGUCUGCUGCUGGUGGAUCACUGGAGCUGGCUGUGCACGGAGAACAUCCAGAAGGUCUUCCACCUGCUCUUCGGGACCCUCAUUCAAAGGUGGCUGGAAGUCCAGGUCGUUAACCUGACCUGCACCCAGCGUUGGGUCCAGUACCUCCAGUUGCUGCAGGAGUCCAUCUGGCCUGGAGGAGUUUUACCAGCAGUGCCUAAACCAGCCAGGACAGAGGAACAGAAGAAAGCAGCAGCAGAGCAGGCCCUGCAGAGCCUGAUGGAGAUAUUGCCUAAUGUGAUCCAAGAAAUCCUUGGAACCAGUAAAUGUCGGAUGAGCUGGAAACUGGUACUGGAGUCCCUGGGCCAGCCUGUGAUAAACAGGCACCUGGUUUUCUGCCUCUUGGAUAUUCUGCUGGAGUUCUUGGUUCUGAAGGGCUCCAGUGAUGAGCUCGAGACCGCAGCUGUCGCGCCGUCUGCCUCUAGCAGCCUGGACAAGACAGGCAUUUCAGCACAUUAACUGGGGCUGGUGUAGCCAGCAGUGGAGGAGAGAAGCAGCCACAGGCAUGGGUUGAUUUGAUUUUCAGUAUUUACUGAACAUGUCUGGGAGCUUCUUGUAAUGAAUUUUUCCAGCCGGUGCUAAAUGAGGCAGCUUCCAGGCUUCUCUGUUUUGGCUGGGUGAUGGAUUAAACCCAGUGUAAGGAGCUGAAGAUGCUUUUCUGCCGUGUAGUGUCUGUUCCAUUGCUGACCUGAUGGAGAGCCUGGAAUGAAGAUGCCUGACGUCUGCUGAGCUGGACAACCUGAGAAGGAUGUGCAGGCUGCCCACAAGCCCCGUUGUCUUGCCCCAGUGUUUCUGAACACCUCUAACAUCUGAAGGCAGCCAGCACGCAAGAUUUGCUUUUGUGGCCUCAGGCUCCACCUGACACUGGCGUGCAGAGACUUGAUGUGAGGGUAUCUCAUUGAUAGAUAUUUCUCCAGGAUGGGUGAAGGGAUGGCUGUCCCUGCUCUCUAAGCAGCCUGCCCUGUGCCUACGCUGCACCAUCUGUUUUACCAGAAGGAACACAGGGAGCGAAUGGAGCGUGGAGAUGUGGUGAUAGCCCUGCAGUCAGCAUCAGGGACCCAUCCCCACAGCCCAGAUAACUGGGAGGUCGAAAGCAGUGCAGAAAUCAAAGCUGCUGUUCUGCCUUAGGGACAAAGAUAAGCUGCCUCCUGCCGCCACUGCUCUGAUGUGGUCUUGUUCUGGCAUCUUUUGCUGCCUGAACAGCAGGAUGCAAGUAGGGUAGGCUGUGGUCCUGGAAAAGAGAACUAUCCCCAGGCUAAAGGGGAAUGGCAGCUUAGCUGGACUUCAGGAUUACCUUGUAUUUUGCCUGCUGAGUCACGGUUCAGUCCCAGAGGCUGUCACUUGGGAGGCCCAGGAGAAAAGGAGCUGACCAAUAUGUGACACACAGCAUGUAAAUCAGCUUCCACACAAAAGUGCUUGUCACAGUAAGCUCUGGGAGAGGAGGGAGCACCUCUGAGCCUGGGACAAAUACCGGACGCAUGUCGUGGGCAGCCAGGAGGUUAGAGUGCAGCGAUGGGCUUGAGAGCACCACCUUAGCUCUGGUGUUGAUUGCACUGUCACCAUGUUUUGGUUUACUAUGCCUGCUAUUGCAACAGCUGUGUGCAGAGGGCUCCAGAAAGCUUGUCAGCUCACGAUGUCCAGUGCCGCCCAGCACAGAAUGGCAUGUCGAAUUGGCAGCUGCUUUUCCGGAUCAUCCAAGACUUCAGUGGUUUUGCAAGCUUAAGUUGUCCAGCUGUCAGUUGUGACAGGGGAGAUGGACAUGGAGAAUAUGGACACGGAGAAUAUGCACCAACAGUCCAGUUUGGUGACCCGUUUUGGUGUAUUUCCUGGAAAAAAAUAUGAACUGACCAGUGCCGGACUUUGCUGAUCGAGGGAAUGCUGCUCCUGGUGUUCUCUACAGAUUGAAGCGCUUAGGAGAGGAGACCUCGCAAGAGGGGAGCGGCAGGAUCACAGCUAGUUUCCACGUUACAGUACCAAAUGGUGCAUUUCAUACACCAUGCUGUCUCUCGGAGCUGGAGACUCUGUGGCGUGUUUGGAUAAAAGGUCACGUAGCUCCAACAUGCGUACAACUGGAAGCAUAUUCUGCUCUUUCCAGAGGCAGCUGCUUAAUAAUGGACAAACAGUGCUGUUUCGGGGGGAGAAGGGGUGUGUGUGCUGCUUUGUGUUUCUGGUGGGGGUGUUGUGUGAAAGUACGGGGAAGGAUUAGCUUGCUGCCAGCAAGUGUAUUUUUAGGGAGCUCCAAGGACAUCCCAAGACGAGGCAGAAUCCAACGUAACGAAGCAAAGCAGUUCUGCAUCGUUUAUCAGGGCCAUUUCUCAUUAAUGGCACUUUUGAGAUGGUAGACUUGCCACCUCCUUGGAAAAGAAGGGAGCAUCUACACUAAACUCCUUAAGAGUAGAUUAGGCAAAGCAUCGGAGAGUGUCCCAUAUGGGAUAAUCCCAAGUGGCCAAGCAGCAGGUUGGGAAGCAGGACUCCCAUAUGCCUCAAGCCAGUAUCAGCCUGGAGCGGCCACUUCACCCUCUCCUUCACUGCCAGGUUCCUUUUUCCCCUUUUUUUCCCCUCUCUACUACUUCCAUUUAGUGCAUCAGCUGUCCUGGGGAGCGGGAGAAGGAGCCAUCGGCCAGGGAUGAUGUAUCAUAGUCCUGUUGUGCUUGGUGGCUUCCCAGAUGCUCUAGGUGUGUUUGCGUGCUAUUGCUUCCUCAUUGAUUUUAUGUGUUUGGAGCUCCAGGACUGUAAUCUGUCCUUGAUUAGGGAUAACAUUAAGAGACUGUUUGCUGAAAAGGAUCGUUCAGAGGUGGACUGCAAACUGCGCGCUGCCAGCUCCACAUGAGGGCAAAGGUCUGGCACAACUGUUACAGACACGAUGUGGAGUUGGAAGGACAAGCUUACUCCUUUGCUGGGAAGCCCUAGCAUCCCUGCCUUUAACCCUGACCUCUGGCAUUAUGUGAAUGACUCAAUAUUCGUUUGGCCUGAUGGGAAUGCUUUGCCGUUUCCGCUGGCGGGCUCUGAGGAGCGUAGCCUGCGAGCCGGGGCUUCGCUGGGGUGGUGCGACAAUGACUCGUGGUUGUACCAGACAACUGCUUGGUCUGUGCAGCCUCUGCACCUUUCACGGAGGGACCUCGAAGCCUGCACUUUGCAGACUUGCCUGGCAAAGUAGCAACAUCUCCUCUCUGGGUACACCAGAGGAGCUGGGGCAGAGGGAUGAAGUAGGUUUACUUGCGUGUGCUCUUAAGCCAGUGGCAGAGUUGGGAACAGAUCCCAGGCGUCUGGAUUGCAAGAUCUUUGUUUCAAUCUCCAGAACCCCCUUUACUUUCUUAGAGUGAGGAAAACAGAAACCAGGGUUGCUAGAGCCCUUUCUCAUGCACUUACUGGCUAGGCUUCAAACUCCCAUUUUCUCCUUCAUGAGUCUUAGUCCAUUCUCACUGGGUGAAGCUGCCCAGGAGCAGCAUAGGAACAAGAAGCCCCUCUCUGUAUCUUGUUAAGGGAUACAAAAUCCAGUAGAAGUUCAGCUUUUUUCUAAUGCCAGUUUUUUGCCUCACUGUAAUUUUCAGAUUAAAAUGAGCGCGAUGGUGUCAAAGGCAAACUUCUGCAUUCAAGUGGGUUGAUAGUAUUUCCAGUCUUAGUCCAAAAACUCUUUAAUAAAACAAACAAGGCCAACAAAAAAACCCUUUAACUUGCCCUGUGUGUGUAAUACUCCCAGCAACCUCCCUUUUUUUGCAGGGAUUUGUAUAGGAGGCGUCAGCCCUCUCUUACUAAAGGGCGGGUGGUGAGAGCAGCCAGAUUUGAUCUCAAGGAAAAGUUGCAUGCUUCUGUCAUCGUAUUAGGUGCAGAGCAGCACGUGCUUCAGGCGGGUGCUCAGCUCUCGAGGUCCUACUGGACGCAGUGAUCUGCUCCCAGCCCACCGCUUGCUGACUGUCUGGCACUGAGGGAAGCACUUUGUUCCCCGCCUCGGUUUCCCCCAGCACUGGCUAGUUAGAGUGCAAGCUCACUGGAAGCAGGGGCUGCUUGUGUGCAUGUACGACAUGCAGCACAGUGGUACAGAGCUUCAAAGCAGCACCGUAAGCUAAACAGUAGGUUUUGUGUCGAGCCAGAGCUUCUUUUUAGAUCAUGUUUUCAGGAUAAACGAGUGCUGCCCCCGUGUACCGACUCCCUGCGCUCGGACCCCUGUAUUGGCUGUCUGUGGGUGCAGCCUUUCAAGUCUGUAUAGAAGAGCGCUGUCUUGAAAACGUAUUUUGUGGUUAAAUGCGGAGCAAAUGGGUGCUCCCAAGUACCUUGUGACUUACGUUCUGACUCUGUGUACAAUAAUACUCUGUUUCAAACUUG